GAGGAAAUGCGUCAGACUGAAAAACGUCGCAUCUGGAGGGGAGACGACAAACACUGGCGUGUUUAGAACGGUUACAUCUGUAAAACCUCGAUCUUUCCAUCCUUCCUCUCUAAUUAAUACCUCUACGGGCCGGCACAACAGCUGGCCAGGCAAAUUUUCUCGUUUUUUUACCUCAUCGAGCCACAGGCCCAAGCGGCUGCCAUGGAUUUUUAAGGCAUAAUGCGGCACCUCUAAUGCAAUGGCAAUGCACAGUACAAGGCAAAACCAACCGCGAAACUCCAUCUUCGCAACUGCCAAGCAGUUGGGCUCCAGUACCGUACGCGGUAUCCCGGCGAGCCAACCGGUACCUCUUCUUCUGGAUCGGAGGAAGCUAACGCUAACAACCAGCUAGUCACAUCACGGCUGACCUUUUUUCUUUUUCUGAAAAUAAAAACAAAUACCAUCGAUUCAUCUGAACGUCAACACUACCGAUCAACAUGAAACCUCAAGACAUCAUCGCAGGAAAGAGCAGCCUGUGGAUCUUCGGGUACGGGUCGCUGGUGUGGAAGCCAGACUUCAAGUACAAGAGGAGCGAAGUCGGUUACAUUCAAGGCUACAAGAGGCGAUUCUGGCACGGAGAUAACUUCCAUCGGGGGGAUGACGAGUCGCCUGGCAGAGUGGUGACUCUAAUCGAAGAUGACAGCGCAUCCACCUGGGGUGUGGCUUUUGAAGUCUCUGGCUCCCAGUUGGAGGAUUCCCUCAAGUACCUCACUGUUCGAGAGACGGUCCGUGGCGGCUACAUCACUAAGAUGGUGGAGUUCUUCCCUGAUGGAGAGGACCGGUCUCCGGUUCAAGCGCUGGUGUACAUCGCCACCGUUGACAACCCUCUCUACCUGGGGCCGGCCAGUGCGGAGCAGAUCGGAGCCCAGAUCGCUGUGUCCAGAGGGAAGACUGGUCACAAUCUAGAGUACCUGCUCCGGCUGGCGGAGUUCAUGAGGACCAGCUGUCCUCAGGUUGAAGACCAUCACCUGUUUGCUAUAGAGCGGGCUGCGCUGACUGUGGUGUCAUAUCUUUUGGCAACUCAGUAGCUUGUACCCUUUGUUUCACUAGCUUGUAGCGGAUAUUUAACUCAUCAGGAGGCUGUAAUCCAUCAUCAGUCCAUGUUUCAAUAGAUUCAGACUAGUAUCUGAAUCCUAAUUCCACUAAAGUAACAAAAUGUGCAAUUAUGAGCUGUAAGCAUUAUGUGGUUUGGCUCAAGACAUAUAUUUAUUUUCCAGUUCUGAAGCCGUCCAGUUCAUUGUUAAAGGUACCAAAAGUUUACUGUAAAACUCACUGGUUACUGUGUUUGUGAUGCAACCUUCAUCCAGUUUUAAAGCAAAAUGCCAAUAAAAAAUGGAAACAUAAACUUU